GCGGAACCUUUUGAGACGAGGGCGGCAAAGAGGAGGGAAAUUUAAAAAGUCCGCACCGCCUGCUGCUGCUGCUGCUGGCGGUGACAGGACAACUGAAGUCUGUCGACGACAUCAGUUAAAUUGCUACAUGAAGAAAAAACAAACAUUUAAAACUCCCCCAGGAGAAUAAUAAACACAAACAUAUGAUCCUCCUCUUUGCGCCAAAAUGGAGGCUCACUACGAACAGAUUUUAGACUCACCCUCCAAAAACAGUUACAUUGGGAGCUAUUAUCAGCCUCCGGACAGGAUGCUACCCGUACCAAGAAAGCUGGAUUUCGCUGCACAACCCUCCACAAGCACGGACCCUGACACGAGCAGCCCUAAUAUUGACAGCAGAGCUGUUGUUGAUGCACUGAAGACCCUCCAGCAGAAAAUCAGGCGGCUGGAGCUGGAGAGGAAGCAAGCAGAAAGGAGCUUCCGGCAGUAUUCCCACGAUGCACAGAAACAGGCCACAGCAUCUUCCAGCGUGCCCAGUCAACCAGCAGCCAGCCUGCCCGAGUCAGACAACUCUGGCAGGAAAGAGCUGGACUCAAAGCUGCAGUCUACAGAGGCCCGGUGUAAGGUUCUAGAGAAGCAGCUGGACUACAUGAGGAAGAUGGUUGAAAAUGCUAAGAAGGAGAGGAAUGCCAUCAUGGAGGAUCAGGCUUCGCUGCAGAACCAGCAGCCGAGCAGCUCAAAUACCCAAUCUCAGCGGGAGAAGCUGGAAAAACUUGAAUCCGAGUGUCUCAAACUGAGUAGGACCCAAACUCUGGCAGAGAUGAAACUUGCCAUUCUGGAGCAAAAACUACUGAAAGAAGAGCACGAGCGUCAACUUGUGCAGGAGAAAGCGGACCAGCUGCAGAAGGAGUUGGACAUCAACUUUCGAUUGUCUGUGUCGUCUUCUGAAGAGAAGCCAAAGAAGAAAACAAAAAAGUCCACCAAGAAAACCUUGAGACAGAAUGAGCCGACGUCACCAAGUCUUCCGAAGCACAAAAAAAUGCCGUUUGUUGCAGGAACGUCAACAAGCCCAAGCCAUUCAGUCCACGCCAACAUACAAAGUAUACUCCACAUGAUGAAACACCAUCAGCCCCAACUGUGCGAACGAGUGAGCGCUCUGCAAAAAUCUGGAUGCGGAGCCAAGAAAAGCCUCCAAAAGGAUUUCUCUCCAUCUUCCACCACUUCGCACAAACCUGACAGGGAGCCUGAAAAAUUAGAUCAGUCACUGGGCUCGCUUUCUGAUCUGCUCUUGGCUCUGCAGGACGAGCUAGGACAAAUGAGCUUCGAGCAUCAGGAGUUGGUGGGUCAGAUAGAUGCAACCCAACAUCCCGAGCAGAGGAAAGAUCUGCAGAGAGAACUGGAGAGGUUGGUCACCAGGAUGGAGGAGAAAGGAGCUCAGAUCACGAAGCUCCGCAAACACCAGCAGACAGUCCAUAAAUUGACCCAGAGCCAACCUGUUGAGCACACAACCAAGAAGUUGAGUGGAAUCAAGCCCCCAGCUCCCUCUCCUGUUAGGUCUAAGCAGAAAGCAAAGAAAGGUGGGACCCAACCCAACAACCUGCAGCUCCUCAGAGAAACACAGAAGUUCAGAAACAGCCUAAAACAAGACGACGUCUCCUGGGAAACGUGAGGUUUCUGUGUACAGGCUUUGAUACUACAGCUGGUUGGACCACAAAACUCCCCUUGGUUGUUUGCAGCCUGUUUUCUCUUUUAAGCGGUCUCGGGUAUAUGUUUUUAAUCCACAAACAAAAAGAGGGAAUAAAGUGUUUUAAUGUUUUCCACUGGGCUUGAUAAUGCAUUACACGUUACGAAAUCUUGCACAUACAGGGUCCUUCAUAGGUAGAUCUGAUCUCAAAUGAAGCUGGAGUAAUCUAUUUUUAAUAUUUAAGAUGUUAAUAAAGCUUAUUCUCUCUACGUAUUGUGAA